UCAAACAAACUAACUUACAGUGUAGCAGAGGCUGAAACUGUAAACACCAAACAGAAGAUGAAGUCUGCUGCGUUUUCCUGCUCACUUUUUCUGUUGUUUCUGGGUAGCUACAGUUUGGCAUCCGAGCAACAGAUGGACGUCUACGAAUAUCUCUGGAAUAACAACACAGACAUUGCCAACAAGACUCUUCAUGUUGACUUCCUAAGGCAAAUGCAAAGCGGCAGCCUGCAGGCAGAGCGUUAUGUCAACUUCACCCUGCAGGACAUCAACUACCUUCUGGAGGUGACGAAGAUGCUGAAGAAGAUGAGCAAGAAGGUCACUAAGCCAGAUGACCUAAAGGCUUUCAUGACAGAUAGAUACAACAAGUACAAAAGCUUUGCAGCCUCAUUUCUCAGUCAGUAUUUGCUUACGGGUGAACCUCCCAUCAAACCCACACCCGCCAUGAAGAAGUACCUGUCUGACUACAGAGCGGCGAUGGAGGCGAAUGAUGGCAUCUACUUUGCUGUAGCUUUGCUGCCCUGCUCCAGACUCUGGAUCUGGCUAACUAAUAAUUUAGAUAUACCCAAUACCAAUGCCUACUACAUGUGGAAAACAGAAAAUAUGAAUGGUCACCCUGAGAAGCACUAUAAAGCCCUGCUGAACAAUCACCUAAACACAGCAAAGAAAGUGCAGAAGGCCAACGCCAUCUUCCGUAUGCAAAUGCAGAAUGAGCAUGACUUCUUUGCCACGUCUUGAGUUAAUCAUGUUUUUCACUCAACAAGUUUGUCUUUUAUAGAUUACCUUUUGUCUUAUAUGAAAACACACAUCUGAAAAGCCAGUAGUCAACAAAACUUUCACUUACAAAUUUCUAAUUCUUGUCCUAAUGACCUAAUUCUUGUCAUUACUUUAUAUGUUUUAAGCAAAUAAAUAAAUAACAAUGAUUACAAAUACAUUUUCAUGUUUUAAAUAGCUUUCCAAUGAACACAUGAAAACCUAAUGUAGUGUACUUUCAAAUUAAAUUUGAAUGUUUCAAAUA